AUGUCCAAAGAAGUAGUAAUAAUAUUUUUUAUACAUGAAAGAGAUCUAUAUCAGCACAUGAAUCUAUAAUUAAGUAUGCAAAACUAUAGACCUAAAGAAAGUAAUUCAAUUCAAUAUAGUAGUUAUGCGAAUAUUUCCAAGUUUGGGCCAGAAAAUGAUUAUUACGAUAAAGAAACUCUCUAUUUUUAAAUAAAAUCUCUAAAAGAAGAAAUGAAUAUUAUUAGAGCUGAAAAUAUUAAGUUAAAAACUAGAAUUUUAUAAUAAGAUGUAUUUGAAUGUUAAUUGUGAUAGAAAGAACUCUAGAAUUUUGAGAAAUAUAUUGAAGAACUGUAAUUUAAACCAAAUUCCUUAGCUAAAAAUAAUGAGUACAUUAUUUAGUAGAUUAAAAAAUAAAAUAAAGAUUUAUAGUUAUAGUUAUAAGAGAAAUUAUGUUAAAUAGAACAAAUGAAAAAAAAUACUAAAGUUACAAAAGUAUAAGAAUUAAAGAUUGAAAAUUCAUUAUAUAAAGAAGAGAUCAACAAAUUGAAAAAAAUUUUACAAGAUCAAGAAAAAAGCACACAAGAGUAUGAUAAUAAUAUAUAAUUCAAGAUUUAUAAAUCAAUAAUCUAUGAUAAAAGAUAAUUUCAUAAGAACACAAUAAGGUUUUAUCAAAUAGCAACUAGAAAUUAGUGAUUUGAAAUAAAAAUAAUAAAAUGACAAUUUGAAAAUCACUUAAUUACAAGUAUCUUUUUAAGUAUUAUUAGAAUGAAGUCUCAAAAUUAAAUCAGAUUAAAGUCAAUUUAGAAGAUAAAAUCUAGAGAAUAUCAACUGAAUAAAAUAAAAAAACUUCUACAAAUUCUUUUAAAAGUAAUAAAUUCUAAGCCACAACCGAAAUAUCCUACACCCAAUUAAGAUCAAAAACUCAAGAAGAACUUUAAUAUAAAUUAAUAAUACGAGGUAUCACAUAUGAAUAAUUUACUUAAAUGAUCCAAGAAUUAAAAUAGCAAGCAAUUGAUUAAAAAAAAUAAAUUGAGAUAGAAGAUAUUGAAUAUAUACUAAGUUAAGAACCCUUUACUUUAGGUUAAGAUAGAAUAUAGGAAGUUGUCAAAUCAUUGUAGGCAUAUGGAAAUAAAUUAGCAGAUUCUCUGUUAAAUUAAAUCGGAAAGUAUAAAACAUUUCUGGAUUACCCUGAUUUUAAAAUUGAAGAAGCAGAGAAAAUGAUUAAAUAAACUUUAAAAUAACCAGAAAUAGCAGAAUAUGUUUAGAAAAAACAAGUUUAACUCUGGAAUAAAGAAGAAGUUGUAUAGAUGGUGAAAUAUCUUAAGAUCACCUGGAACGAAUCUGUUUUGUUGUUUUAUCUUCUAAACGUAUAAAGUUCUAUAGAAUUUUAGUUAUUUGAAAAAUCGGGAUAGAUUCUUGAAUUCAAGAGCAAUACAAUAAUUGAUCCCUUUCCAUAGUUGGUACAGAAAGAGUCUUCGAGAAUAAUUGAAGAAAGUGACGAAGAUUUAUUUGAUUAAUAAUCAGAUCCUUCUUAGAAUAUGAUAAUUUAAGAUGAUGAUCAUUAUAUAGCAUGA